AUACAUUUCAUCAUGCUGAAAUCAAAGAGCAAAGCUGAUAAGACGGAAAAGGUUCUGGCGGCGGAGAAAGAGCAGUUUGGAAAACAGCAGCUCCACAGCAUCACCAAGACCCUCACCGCGGCCGAAACCCCACUCAAAGAAAAAUAUGCAAGGAACAUCAUCCUGGGCACACACAAGGAGAGUGGCGCCACCACCUUCAUGUCCUACUGCCAGAACCUGCCUCUGUCCAGCAGCUCUGUGAUCAGCUGGAAGUACUGCUACAUGCUGCACAAGGUGCUCAGGGACGGACACCCCAACGCUGUUCGAGACUGCAACAGAAGGUCUCGCAAUGUCCGAGAUAUGGGCAUUCUGUGGGGAAACCUUCAUGACCGAUAUGGACACCUUGUGGCUUUGUCCGCCAAGUACCUCUGUCUCAAAAUGGAGUUUCACGUCAAGCACAAGUGUAUCCCAGGCAACCUGGAGGCCAGCGACGAGGCUGUGGAGAGAGAAGCAGGAAGUGACAAGAACCAAGUGUUAGACAUGACUCAGGAACUACUGGAAUACCUGGAUAAUGGGCUGAAAUUUGCUGACACAGUGCUGCGUCAGGUGGACGCUAUCGGGGCUAAGUCCACCACCGCCUCUGGCCAGUGCCGACUGGCCCCCCUUAUCCCCGUCAUCCUGGACUCCAGCUUCCUUUACCACUUCUCCGUCAUACUGCUCUUCAAACUCCACAGCCGUAUUUCACCGGAUUCUCUUCUUGGACACAGAGAGAGAUUUCGGGAUCUUUUCACAAGUCUCACAGAGUUCUACAACCGGACUAGAGAAAUUGAGUUCUUUAAAACCAUAAUUCAGAUCCCAGACCUACCAGACUCCCCCCCGAACUUCCUGCGUGCCGCCGCGUUUGCCGAGUACAAGCGACCCGUGGUUGUCGUGGGCGACGGGGAGCCCCAUGAGGAGGAGGAGGCGGGGGGGCAACCAGAGCCCCGGGACGCGCCCCAGAACCAGCAGUACUACUCCGUCAACCAGUACGGCCUCCCCGAGGCACAGGAGCAGAGGGAGACCGAGAUCCUGAGGAAGGAGCUGCUGGUCCUGAAACCAGAGCUACAGCUCAUCAAGACCGAGGCCCAGAGGUGUGUGAUGGAGCUGAAGGGCCAGGUGAACCGGCUGGAGGCCCAGCUGGAGGAGCAGACCACCCACAAGCAGAUGGCCCUGGUGGGCAACGAGCAGCUGAGGAUGGAGGUGGAGGCGCUGCGCUGCACGGGCGUGGCCAACGCCGGCGCCCAGGUGGGCUACAAGGAGGCCGACACCAGGGCCCAAGCAGCAGAGAUGCGCUUCUCUCAACUGAAGGAGCGACAUGCAGAGCUGGUAACCAGUCAUGCAGACCUCAUGAAGAAGAAUGCAGAGACGGUUAGGGUGCUGUCAGGUAUGAAAAACGACAAAGACGACAUGCAAAUCACUAAACAGCAGGUGUCUAAUGAGUUGGAUCGCAUCCGGCAGGAAAACAGAGCACAGAUGGAGAAACAGCAGCAGGAGAUGGAGCGGAUGAGGAAUGAUCUGUUGGCGCAAAAAGCAGAACUGGAUCAUGCUCGGAGCGCUCUGGGGCAGAAGGAAAUGGAAGGGUCCCAGCUGAGCGGCCUGCUGGCCGGGCUCCAGGCCGAGAGGGACAUGCUGCUCCGCUCGGCCAGCGACAAGGACGCAGAGCUCAGCUCUCUCAGGCAGCAGGCCCACUCCCUGCAGAGCUCCCUCGACCAGGAGAGAGACCGCCACAGCAGGGAGAUGGAGGCUCUGAGGGCUCAGCUGCAGCAGCAGCUGGCCAUCAACGCAGAGCAGAAGCUGGAGAUCGACAGGCUGAGGCGAGAGCUGGACCAGGCCCGCAUGCAGGCGUCCAACGCCAGCACCGCCCUGCAGACCAAAGAGAUGGUGGGGUCCCAGCUGAGCGGCACCCUGGCGGGCCUGCAGGCGGAGAGGGAGGUGCUCCUGCGCUCGGUGCGGGACAAGGACUCGGAGCUGGCCUCCCUCCGGCAGCAGAGCCAGCUCCAGCAGAGCUCCCUGGACCAGCACCGGCAGAUGGCCGGCAUGGAGCUGGGGAGCCUGCAGGCACAGCUGCAGCAGCAGGCGUGCCGGGAGGGGGAGCUGACCAGGAAGCUGCAGGAGGAGCAGUUCUGCCUGCUGCAGUGCGCCGUGGUGGAGGCGGAGGGCAUCGUCCUGGACGCCAUGGCCAAGAUCGACGACCCCAUCCACGUCCGCUGCACCAGCUCCCCUGACUACCUGGUGAGCAGAGCUGAGGUGGCGCUGGGCUCCAUAGACAAGAUGCACCAGAACCAGCUGGUCUACAUGGGGAACAUGAGCGAUGCCAGUGGUCUACUUAGAGCCGUCACCCAGUUCUCCCACCUGGCAGCGGACACCAUCGUCAAUGGAGCCGCAGCCUCCCACUCUGCACCCACUGACCACGCUGACCGUCUGACGGACGGCUGCCGGGACUGCUCCGCCCACUGCCUGCAGUUCCUGAAGGAGCUGAAGCUGCAGAGCACCCUGCCGCGCGCCGACCCCACCGCCAUGCGCUACGCCGUCCAGAGGAUCCUCGCCCUGGGACAGGAGCUGCAGCCCAGAGGGAGAGACGUGCUGAAGGAGGAGAUGGGCGACAUGGUGGACAAGGAGAUGGUGGCCACCUCCACCGCCAUAGAGGAGGCCGUGCUGCGCAUGGACGAGAUAAUGAGCCAGGCCAGACGAGAUACGACCGGAAUAAAACUAGAAGUCAACCAGAGUAUUCUUGGGUCCUGUUCGGAUCUGAUGAAGGCCAUUCAUAUGCUGGUGACGGCUGCGACCGACCUGCAGAAGGACAUUGUGGAGAGUGGAAGGGGGGCAGCAUCUGCAGAUGAAUUCUACGCCAAGAACUCCCGCUGGACCGAGGGUCUGAUCUCAGCCUCCAAGGCCGUCGGCUGGGGGGCCACCCAAAUACUAGAGUCGGCCGACCGAGUCGUGUCGCACAACGGUAAAUACGAGGAGCUCAUCGCCUGUUCACAUGAGAUCGCAGCCAGCACUGCCCAGCUGGUGGCGUCUUCCAAGGUGAAGGCGGACCGCAACAACAAGAAGCUGUACACUCUGCAGCAGGCGUCCAGACACGUCAACGACAUGACCGCCGUCGUGGUUACCUCCACCAAGCACGGACAGCAGCAGGUCACGGAAAAAGGUGAGCGGGCCGUGCUUAACACACAGCAGCACCAAUGCUAGGAUGAGUACGAUAUAAAGUACUGUGUCAUGUUCCUAACAUUUCAAAUCUUUUGU